GUGUCUGCUCUCAGAUCUCCUAAUGGUGCCUCACCUUGAGUCCUUGUGUUUCAGUGAACCCACAGCUUCGGUGCCCCCUCAAUCAGAUGUGUACCGGAUGCUCCAUGACAACCGAGAUGAACCUACCCAGCCGCGCCAAUCCGGCUCCUUCAGGGUUCUCCAGGAGUUAGUGAAUGACGGUGCAGAUGACCGUCCAGCUGGGACCCGAAGUGUGAGAGCUCCGGUUAGCAAGCCCCACGGAGGUGCUGGCAGUGCCCCGAGGAUGCCCCUCUGUGAUAAGUGCGGGAGUGGCAUUGUUGGUGCCGUGGUGAAGGCCAGAGAUAAAUACCGGCAUCCUGAGUGCUUCGUGUGCGCUGACUGCAAUCUCAACCUCAAACAGAAGGGCUACUUCUUCGUGGAGGGGGAGCUGUACUGUGAAACUCACGCGAGAGCUCGCACGAGGCCCCCAGAGGGCUACGACACAGUCACUCUGUACCCCAAAGCUUAAGCUCUUGGCACACACUCACGCAGCCCCCCGCACCCAUACACACUCAACCCUGGCUUAGAGCAGGAGCCCCCAGACCUGAGGCCAAAGCUUUUAGACGUUAUCUUAUUGAGACGAAAUGGGAGGCUUUUGUAAAGCAAUCACUUUUUCUAUGUCACUGUCCACCAUUUACAGUUUUAGUACAAGCAUCCUGUGUGUAAACACCAAGAUACUGGGGACUAGGAGGGUCUAGUUGUCUUACUUUGAUGGUUGAUUGGAGAGGAGGGGCAAUUAUAGGAAACACCAAAUAACAAUCUUGUAUUGUAACUAUUCUGCGGUGGUCUUCAUUUGUUUCAACUAUUAUGAUGCAUGUCAGAAAGAAAUUUCCAGGAUUCCUCUAGCUCCAUAUCUCAAUAUCUCAAAAUGUCAUACAUAAAACAUUUUUUAAAUGCCUAAAUUCAGUUGAAAAAUCAACCUUUCAACCAGAGGGCCAGCUCCUCCUUUGGCAUAGCCACACUAAAGGGAACUGUCUUCUUUCAUUUUUAUAGCUCACUCUUUCUAGUGAGCCCCACACUUCUGUUGAUGGGAGGGACACUUAAUUCUGCUAAAUGAACAUAGGUCUGCCUAUUUCCAAUUAAAAGUGUAUUUUGCUCGGA